CUGGCCGGGCACCACUUCUGCGCCCCCUGCCUGGUGUUCGCAUUGUGUUCGCAAUUUAGCAGCGACCAAAGAAUCAAGUCGAGAGCUGACCGCUCUUGGAUCUAUUCAGAAAGUGCCUCAGGAAAGCAGCUGAGGCAGGAAAUAUGGCGCGCACUCGACGGAAAAAGAAGCGUACGCAUGUGGCGGCUCAGGCCGACCCCACAAAGAAAGGGCCUCCAAAGAGCUUUGUGAUGCGGCGGGGCCAUGUGGGGAAAAUGCUGCGGCGGCUUGAGCAGGACCUCCGCCACGUGAUGAUGCCCCACACUGCACAAAACCUCAAGGAGUCCAAGCGCAACACUCUGAAAGACUUUGUGCACGUGGCGGGGCCUCUGGGGGUUACACACUUUCUCCUGCUAUCCACAACAAAAACGGCGCCGUACUUCCGGGUUGCCAAGACGCCCCGGGGCCCCACCCUCACCUUCCAGAUCAAGCAGUACUCUCUGGCGGGAGAUAUUGCGGCCGCCUCCCCCAAAUACAGGGCCCCUCCGACCCUCUUCCAAGACCCCCCACUGGUGGUGAUGAACAAUUUCACGGGCGCCGACGAGCACCUCAAGCUGUGCACCGUGAUGUUCCAGAACAUGUUUCCCCCCAUCAACGUCCAAACGGUCCGCCUCUCCCAGUGCCAGCGCGUGCUCCUGCUAGACUACAAUGCCGAAACAAAACUGAUCGAUCUCCGGCACUAUGCCGUGACGGCGCAGCCGACGGGGAUCUCCAAAAGCAUACGGAAGCUGGUCACGAAACAGGACGUGCCGAACUUGGGGGGGAUGGAGGAUGUAGCGGAGUUUGUAACAAGGUCUGGCUACGGGUCCGAGAGCGAGGGCGAGGAGGAAGCGUCCAAGGUCACGCUCGCGCACGACCUGGGCCGGGGCAACCGGGCCGCCAAUCGUAGCGCAGUGAAGCUGCAGGAGAUCGGGCCACGGAUAAGCAUGCAACUCAUCAAAGUCGAGGAGGGGUUGUGCUCCGGGAAGGUUAUGUUCCACGAGUUCGUGCACAAGAGCGCGGAGGAGGAGGCGGAGCAGGAGGCGAGAGUAAAGACGAAGGAGGAGCUUCGCGCGCAGCGGAGGGCUGAGCAAGAAGCCAACGUCAGGCGGAAGCAGAAGCAAGAGGAAGAGAAGGAAGCGCUCAAAGCCGACAAGAAGCAGCGCAGGCUGGACCCCAACCAUGACGUCAGGAUGCGCAAGGACCACCCAGACAACCGCGCGGCGGCGCAGGCGGCCGACGAGGAUGAUGACGCCCAGUGGUACCGGCAAGAGGUUGGGGAGGAGCCGGAGGAAGGUUUCAUGACUCGAGGUCCCUCUCCCUCUCUGCGCGGCCGCGGGCGGGGAAGAGGGGGAGGGCCUGGACGGCCAAGUCGGGACAGAGACGGGAGUACAAAGGCCGGGAACUCGUACGGCAGGAAUAGAGUAGACGGAGCUAGAAAGGAGGGAGUGAAGCGGAAAGACAGCCGGACAGAAUUUAUGAAGUCAAAGAAGAAGCGAAGGGUCGGUUGAUCUGGUGAUUGUCAAUGCCGGACGAAUUUUUGGGCGUGCAAGUCUAAGCAUGAUCCACUCAAGCCCUAGGACUUUUUCCAUCACGUGGCUAAUAGUUGGAGUUUCAUGAGUGCUUGGGGCGCGAGGAAUGAAGAUUAUGCAACUCAAGCCCAAUACACGUCGGACUACUUGGAACUUUAAGGCGAGGCUCAUGUCCCUGUGUGAAGCUGAGAGGGCAGCGGACGGGCUAUCAUGGGAGUGGGUUAUCCUCGUCUCCUACAACGAGGGAAGAUGAAUGGGCCGAUCUCGGAGCUGUGAAAUGGUGCAUGGGCCGCCUUCCAAGUUGGAUGGUAGGCCGCUCACACCGUUUCCUUGAAGCUUAUGGUCCUUGAUCUGUCCCUUAUGCAGACAUUGUACUCAAAGCCUUUUAAUUAACACUUGUUCGGUACGAAGGGAUCGAUUGAGUGGCCAGAAACAGCCUGAGCCCCGGGGUUUUCCUACCAGUGUCGUGAGCGUACUGAUAUACGAAG